AUGAAAUGCAACCACUGGAUAGAGGCCCCAGCUGAUAAACAAAUCCAGUGGCGAGUAACUUACAUUGAAAAUCCUCAGUGCAUACUUGGUUGUGCAUUCAAUGCUAUUGAGCCUAAAGUAGGAGACGAUCCAAGGGCUACGAAUCGUAGAUUGUGCUGCACAGAAAUGCAGGUUAAAGUCUACAACAGCACCCAGAAUCCAUUACCCGUCAUCUCUUACAAUAGCUAUCUGACGUCGGUGUACACAUUUCACUACAGAUUCAUAUGA